AGCCUUGUAUAAUUGUCUCUAUGCUUUCAACAUUUCUCAAUAUCUAAAGUUGUCAACUUUUGGAUUUCAUUUUAUUCUUCCAUUCGUGUAGCUGACAUUGAAUCACCGAGUCUUCCAUCAAUGGAAGGUUUGGAUGCCUUACUCGCUGAAAGUAAAGGAGCAACAAUGAAUGGCAAUUCUUACUCAAAUGGAUCUACUCAAUCACUAUCAAUGCCUCCCAUGAUGUAUAGCACAAAAUCAAAAAAGAAGAACCCUACUUCUCUUGUUCCUGUUACUUCAGUGACGGAUGGAUUAAAGAUAUUGUACAAUGAAAAGCUAAAGCCAUUGGAAACUGCUUACCGUUUCAAUGAUUUUGGAUCUCCUGUAUUGACAAAUAGUGAUUUUGAUGCCAAGCCCAUGGUCAUGCUUUUGGGUCAGUACUCAACUGGAAAAACCACAUUUAUAAAACACUUACUCAAGUGCAGCUAUCCAGGAGCUCAUAUUGGACCUGAGCCAACUACUGACCGGUUUAUUGUUGUUAUGGUACAAGAAGGCUUCUUGAUACACCUAUACAUAUUAAAAUCAUUGUCAUCUUUCUAGGAAGUUUGGACUCAAUAGAAAGAUGCAUGACCGGAUUAAAACCAGAAACAGGGGUAUAAUAUUAAAAACGGAUAAUAAAAAUCAAGGGCCCGUUUGGU